AUGACCAAGAAGAGGCGCAACAACGGCCGCAACAAGCACGGCAGGGGCCAUGUGAGGCGCGUGCGCUGCGAGACAAGCGCUGCCAUGGUGCCCAAGGAUAAGGCAAUCAAGCGCUUCCUGGUGCGAAACAUGGUGGACGCGUCUGCCCUGCGAGAUAUCGCGGAGGCCUCGCCGCUGGAGGGAUAUGCGCUGCCCAAGAUGUACCGCAAGGUCUACUACUCCAUCUCUGCCUCCAUCCACUCCCGCGUGGUGCGCGUGCGCUCCCGCAAGGACCGCAAGAACCGGGAGCCGCCCGCCAGGCCCUUCUUCAGGCAAGCCUGCGGCCCUGCGGGCGGCUGGCUGGGCGGCCUGCGCGGCGGCCCGGGCGGCGGUGGCAGCGGUGCCCCCGGUGGCGGCUUUGCCGGCGGCUUCCAGGGCGCGGCACCGCGUGUGCAGGCUGGCGGGGCGCCCGGCGGCGGCGGCUGGGGCGCCGCCUUCUGA